AGCGGCGACCAGAGUGAAGAGCAGCGAGACCCCAACUCCUGAUGAUGUGUUAGAGGAACUCGCAAAACACAAACAGCUCAGCGCUAGUGAUUCUCAGAUAGAGGUAGACGGCAGACGCGAUGAACGUGGCUCGAGUAAGAAAGGUCGAAAAGGAAAAAGUCUGCGGAGCACGUACAAGAAACUCAAAGAGGAGGUAUUUACUCCAGUGAUGGAGAGAGCAAGACGCGUAUCUAGGACCAUGUCCCGACCGUUUGCGGAGGAGUGGGGGUCUGAUGAAGAUGAGGAGGAGGAGGAUGAUGCGGACCCGUUUCUCUCUUUUCUCGAGUCAGCAGUAUCCUAGCAACCUGAAGAAGAACUCGCUGUAUUCCACCGACUCUGAAGAAGCUGUCAGUAAAAGGAACCUAAGCGAAGAGAAAAGAAGUGAUAGUCGGGGGAGAAGAAAGAGCGCAGCUGGGUUCCUGAUGUCGUACGCUUCUCUGAAACUACACCAAAUAAAACACGCCGGGUCCACUGAAUCUCUUACUGACUGGGAGUAUUGUGACGAUAUUGAGCAGUACGAGAACAGCAGGACAGGAGAAAGAUACGACCCGGAAACCACCGUCCUCUCAGAACUGCACCCCAAGGAGCUGGACUAUCUCAGAACACUGUCUCUAGAGAGAUACAACGAGAAGAAUACAGGAGUUGUAGCUUCCAUACCUAAAGACCCGGGAAGGAAGCUGAAAAGAACAAGUUCAUAUCGCGGAAAAAAGUCUGUAGAGAAAGAGAACCACAAGCUGCUGGCUGGAGGAAUAUUUGAAAUGCCUCUACACGUGGUGCUACAGAUAGACGCCAUCAACACUAACAGAGAUCAGGAACCCCCUACCUGUAUACGAGAUGUGAAGAGGAAGAACAAGGAGGAAGGAGGGAUAAGUAUGAUCCGCUCUCUCACUCCCAGACUUGGCAGACGCUUCGGAUCUCUUAAAGCUCGCUCCAUUUCUCCGAUAAAUCUAUCCUCUCGCUUCCAAAACGGAGCAGUGGAUGAUAGCGAUUGUCUCAAGGUCCCCAACAAUUUAGUGUGCCGCUCAUUCUCCACUCCCAACACUCCUAUGGAUAGUCGGAAGAAGAGACCUGUUAGUCCCACCGCCUCUCUAACGUGUAACUAUGGUAACCAUGGUAACACCAACUCUAACAACACCCCUACUCUUGAUGACCUCGUCUCCAAACUCAGCAACUUUAGUCGCGCUAUAAACGGGAGCAGCAAAUCUCUGUUCGAUGACUCGGAGUUGAAUAAGCACGAGAUCCCUAUAAUACUGAAGAACUGCUGCCAAUUCGUUUUACAGAACGGUUUGGACCAGCAAGGAAUAUUCAGAGUAUGUGGAGCUAAGAAGCAAGUGAGGACGCUGCGAGCAGAGUUCAACACUACCAGCAACAUGAGCGUGCAGUCUGACACUAAUGUACAUGUUGUGGCGGGACUUAUCAAGGAGUUUAUAAAGGAACUACCAGAGGCUCUACUCACUAAAACCCUCUACCAACCUUUCAUACACUGCAGACAGCUAGAAGCACUUGAUGCGAGGUUAGAAGCGUACAGGGAACUGAUAAGACUACUCCCCGACUCCAACAGAGACACUCUUCAGUUCCUGCUAAAGUUCUUCAGAGUUGUGGCCGACAACUCCGAGGAUAGGGUCGACAAUGACGGUCUUCCAAUCGAAGGAAACAGGAUGGACAUCUCGAAUUUAGCAGUAGUGAUCGGCCCGAACCUGCUUCACAGGCGGAAGAGAGGGGGUCCGGACAGUAUCUCCCGACUAGCUCACGAGGCGUGGGAGGCCCCCAUAGUUAUAGAGGUCGUGAAGGAGCUACUGGAACAUCAUCAGCUACUCUUCACAGUGGAAUGUUAUUUGAGAAAAGAAGUGCUGAGAAGGAUGCAGGAAACUAAGCAGAGCCACUUUAACGAUGUUUUGAACGGGUACACGGGCACUGAAGAGGACGGUAGAGGCCGCCUAACUCCUGAUAACCAGGGAGAGUCUAGGUCGAACUUGUCCUCCAGUCAGAACCUUUCCUCCAGUCAGAAUCUGUCCUCCAACCAGCGCCACCUGAUGAACGGGAGCAGCGGGUUUGUGAGUGGGGGAUGCAGCAGUAAUGGUAGCACUGAGAGUCUGCAAUACAAACCCUGUUCUAACAACAGAGACGAGUGCAGAAUGGGAUACUGUGAGAGACAGCACUCUUCACCAGAACUCAACAACCUCAACCUUGAAAAAGAUAGUCGCAAACGUCUUAGCAGAUCACUUGAUAAGGACGACAUCUGUGACAACUCAGUUAGUUACCAUGACAACUCAGACAUGCCCUUCGAGGUGGAAGAUGCGACGAGUUCCAGCGAGGGACUAUUUAGCAAAGACUCUGCAUACGACCUGACUCCACCUUCGUCUCCAGUUUUCGAGAGAAACGCAAACGACAGAACACUGUUUUGCGCGAAACCAGGCAAGGCUUCUGCAAAAUCUGGACUUGGAGCCCUCUCUCCCAACCAAACCUUCACCUCAUUCCGUCUGGAUAAGAUGACUGUAGGAGGAAGUCAACAAGCUCCCGCUAGUCCCCGACUCGGUGAGUCCAGGAGAGCCGCCAUGAAGAAAGGGAACCCCCGCAACUUGAGACCUCCGCGCAAAGUACUGGCAGAAUCUCAGCGACAGAGUCAAGUGUAGCCAUGGUAACCACUCUUACCUGAGUCAAGUGGUGUCCUUUUUUAGGCAUCACGUGAUAAUUACUACAUCACAGUUACUAUGGUAACACAGCAUCAUGACAUCACCCCGCGUGAAAUGGCAGCUUGAGCCUUGAAGUGACGCCACAAAUAGAAACAUCUCGUCACGCAUUGUCGAAGUGACGUCACAAAUAGAAACAUCUCGUCACGCAUUGUUGAAGUGACGUCACAAAUAGAAACAUCUCGUCACGCAUUGUUGAUGUGACGUCACAAAUAGAACCAUCUCGUCACGCAUUGUCGAAGUGACGUCACAAAUAGAACCAUCUCGUCACGCAUUGUUGAUGUGACGUUACAAAUAGAAACAUCUCGUCACGCAUUGUCGAAGUGACGUUACAAAUAGAACCAUCUCGUCACGCAUUGUUGAUGUGACGUUACAAAUAGAAACAUCUCGUCACGCAUUGUUGAAGUGACGUCACAAAUAGAACCAUCUCGUCACGCAUUGUCGAAGUGACGUCACAAAUAGAACCAUCUCGUCACGCAUUGUUGAUGUGACGUUACAAAUAGAAACAUCUCGUCACGCAUUGUUGAAGUGACGUCACAAAUAGAACCAUCUCGUCACGCAUUGUCGAAGUGACGUUCUAGAAAUACUCACUUUGACAGCUGUCUCCAAGGAAAUCUUAUUUCUUUGACCAAAAAACUAAAGUUUCGAUAUCAGUAAGAAGGUAACCGCCAAAAACAGGAAAAUACUCAAAUACAAUGUGAUCCGAGUUAAACUGACACAGUGGCUUUUCUAUAUCAAGCUACACAGAGUUACAGACUGUGUAUAAUAAUGUUACAGACUGUAUAUAAUACUAUAACUGACUGUUAUCGAAAUGUUUAUUAAUUUAGCGUAGAUUUUAUCUUAUUUUAUUAAGAUUUUAGUAUCGAUUUAAUGCAUGAUAUUUUUAUACUGUAAGAAUUUAAAACCAUCUGACUCGUAAAAUACUUUAUUCACAGUAACCUUAAAAUGUUGCACUGGCUUUUGUGAAUUAAAUGCAUUAUUUUUUCCAAACAUUUGCAUACCUUAUCGGACAUAAUUGUCAAGGACAAGUUUUUCAUAAACCAAAUUUUCACGCUCAUUACCGCCCAAAAAUGAAAAAUGUCCAACAAAUUUUUGAUGAUUUUUAAUAAGUGUUUUACUCCUUUUCUGAACUCUAGAAUGUGACGGAGGAGUGAUUAUAUUUGUUCUAGUAUACUAAUAAACUAAUAUAGUAAUCGGCUACACAGUACACACAUAUCUACGCAUAUGUAGGGACACACACUAAAAAAAAUAAUUACCGGACUUUAUUAUUCACGGACCUUAAUGCCACAGACAUUAUUUUCACGGACUUAAUUAUUCACGCUAAGGUCUUCAGCGUGAAAGUAAUGUCCGCGCCGUGAUAAUUAUGACCGAUAAGGUAGUCAUACAUUUCAACAUGCACCAUGAUAUGAAAUCAUAAAAUUUGCGGAAAUUCGAAUCAAAAUGGUCCAGUAUUAAAAUGGUCCACGAAUUCGGUGUUUAAAUUUGAAGUAAAAUGAUAGUAUUAGUGACAAUAAUCUGUAUUGAAUAUUCCCACACUUCCGCUCUGUUUGGAUUUCACUAGGUGCGGCCUAUAAGUAUAUGAGGCUGCCUCUGCUCGACGGUGAUUACGU